CAGAGAGGGAGUCAUCUUUGUGGAGGGCUGUACUACAUAAAACCAAACAAAGUGAACAAAGUGAAAUUGUAUUUGUCAUGAUUAACACGUUCUGAGGUUACCGUCAUGAAUAAGAAUGAUCUCAGAAUCCCUUUUGACGAAUAUCAAGUCACACCGGUGGAGAACUCCUGUUCUAAUAGAGAGACUUGCUGGUGUUCUAAGAUAGAAAAGAAACUGAAAGGACAGCAUUUAUUCGUGUUAUAAACUAUUCAUUAGUUAAAAUAACAUUUGUGUUAUUGUGACCUGUCAUCCCGUGACUCAAAAAUUUGUCCCUUAUUUCUGAGUAACGUGACUCCAUCUCCGUCGUCUUGUCGUCCCUAAUGUCUCUGUUAAGACGUGGUUUGUUUUUAACCAUUUUGUAAAUAAAAGCGACACGGCUCCUAAUGUCAUCCAAACUUGGCACCUCCGACGUUGUUCUUCCCUAGGAUGUUCACCUUCAUCGCAAGGCUGUGAUAUAAUGUUAUGAAUAAUGGCUUCGGUCAAAGUUGCAGUGCGUGUUCGACCGUUUAACCAAAGGGAGAUUGAUCUCAGUUCAUCAUGUAUCAUUGAAGUCGAAGAAAAGAAGACCAGACUUAUCAACAGUAAAGGUAGAAGUGAGCUACCUAGAAAUCUAUAAUGAACGAGUUAAGGACCUCUUGAGGCAGGGUGCACAUAAUGAUACCCACAGUCUAAGGGUGAGGGAACAUCCAAAGCUUGGUCCUUAUGUACAAGAUCUCUCCACACACUUAGUACAUCAUUACCCAGAUAUACAGGAACUAAUGAAAAGGGGUAAUUCCCACCGUACUACUGCUAGUACCCACAUGAAUGAUACAAGCUCCAGAAGCCAUGCAAUCUUUACUGUUACUUUCAUUCAAGCCAAACUCCUGUCUGAUACACCUUUGGAAACCCGUUCAAAGAUUCACUUGGUAGAUUUAGCAGGGAGUGAGAGAGCAGAUGCAACAGGGGCAACAGGACAGAGAUUAAAAGAAGGUGCUCACAUCAACAAAUCCUUAGUUACCCUUGGUUCUGUCAUCAGUGCCCUUGCUGAGCAAGCAGCAAAAACAGCAGGAAAAUCUGUUUUCAUCCCUUACAGGGAUUCUGUCCUUACAUGGCUACUAAAAGAUUCUCUUGGUGGGAAUUCAAAGACCAUCAUGAUAGCAACCAUAUCACCAGCAGAUGUCAACUAUGGUGAAACAUUGAGCACACUAAGGUAUGCCAAUAGGGCAAAGAAUAUUAUCAAUAAGCCAACAAUUAAUGAAGAUCCAAAUGUAAAAUUGAUAAGGGAACUAAGAGAGGAGAUCCUCAACCUCAAAUCCAUGCUUAAGGAAUCAGGGAUGAUGGAGCCCAAUGCAAACAGUGAGAAAGGAAGUAUCAUGGCAACGUUGACACAGAAGCAAGCUAAAGAAAAGGAGCUUACGGAUCAGUGGACAGAAAAGUGGAGCGAAACUCACACUAUUCUUCAAGAACAAAAAACACUUGGCCUGAGGAAGGCUGGACAUGGUGUCAUUCUGGAUUCAGAACGACCACAUCUUGUGGUGAUUGAUGACAACUUGCUGACUACAGGAGUUACCUUAUAUCAUUUGAAUGAUGGUACAACAACCAUUGGUUCAUUGCCAACACAGGAUAUUAGAUUAGAGGGUGGUGAAGUAUUGGAAGAACACUGCACAAUUCAUCUUGUUGAUGGUGAAGCUACAUUAGAGUCACGUCCUGACGCACAGUGCUGGGUCAAUUCUCAGUUUGUGGAUAAACCAAGUAGGCUGACACAAGGGUGUGUAGUAGUCUUAGGUGGAAGCCAUAUGUUUCGAUAUAAUGACCCCCAAGAAGCAGCUAGAUUAAGGAAGGAAGGAAACAAAACUCACCUCAACCUUUCUCGUCUCUCAUUUUUAUCAAGAUCGACGACUGAUUUAGUCAGAUCUUUUGAUAAUCUCUCUGGGUUGGAGGGUGAUACAGAAAAACAGCAGUGUGAAAGUAGCAAUGUUUCACGUUUAGGAAAGAUGACAAGACUGUCAGAAACUACUGACCUUUGUGAAAUGUCUACUCAGACAAGUCUCCAUACACACAGUCAACCAACUACACCUCUUGGCAGCCACUUAGAUGAUGGAAGAGGAUGCAGUCAUGCACUGAGAAAGUCAAGUUUAACAUUACCACUCUUGAAUGAAAAGGAAGACCCAGGGGGUGGCAUAAGUUGUAACUCCACGCCUGCUUCCGAGACCUUUUAUACAGCUACCUCAGUUUUGUCUCCUGAUAUACGUGACUUGACCUCGCCUUGGUCUCCCCUUCCAGUUGAAAGGUCUCUCUCUGAAAUGAGAGAAGGUGAAGGACUGGGUGCUACUUGUAGAUCCUUUGCUCAGGGAAACUGUGAUUUACCGCCCAAAGUGCCUAAAAGCGAUUGCGGAGUGAUUGAGGGCAUAUCCCAUUUUGAGAGAGAUGAUGACUUGUGUUCUUCUGUGUACAAAUCUCCAAGUGCCAGUAAAACUGAAGAUGUUGCGUGUUUAAGCGAUGUGCUCAGUUCAGAAAAUAUUAGUGAAAAUAAUCUAAAUCUUAAUCAAAUAGCAAAAGUUCGUGAUAGUAAUACUUGUGAUAUAUUAGGUUUACAAGGGUCCCCAACAUCUCCCAUUCUCCAAACAGGAGGUCAUCCCCACUCACAAGAUUCUCCAGGAGUAGAAGGGGCAGCUACUUCUACUCCUGUUAAAUUUAGAUCUAGUCAAGGAAUUAGAAAAGAGGAGUGUAGAAGAAUGAUGUAUAUUGAUGAUAAAAAUAAGGAAAGUUGUGUUGCCUUACCAAAAGAUUAUGAAGGUAAUUACAAUGAACUUACUAAAUCAAACAUUGCUGCUGUUAUUGCUAAUGCAUCAGAUUUUAAUAGGCAAUCUAUUGUUUGUAAUGUGGAGGCAAAUGCAAAUAAUAAUUUUAGAACUAGUAAAAAUGGAAAUGCUGAUGCAUGCAUAGCUUUUGAAGAGGAGGUUAGGAAAGAGAAUGACAAUAUCCCAGAAGUCACAGAUUGUGAAGGAGAUACUAGAUUGGUUAGUGAUGAGGGUGAAUCAUUACUUUGGCAUCCUGGGUUGGAAAAUAUAUGCAAAUCAAGUGUGUUACUAUCACCAGAUGCUGAUGUUACUAAAGCUGCAGAAGUAUUAAUAAGAUUGAGGGAAAAUGAAGAUAAGUCGAACAUGAGCAUGGAGGAAAAGAUACGUGAACUAGAAGCUCUGAAGCAACACUAUAGUAACCUUGAAGACCAGCUGAUGAAUCAGCCUUCUGUUAUAAGCAAAAUUCCUGGAAAUAAGAGAAGUGAAUUAAGCGAUAAUGCCGUGGGAUUGCAAGACGAUCAAGAACAAGUUUUUGAGCUUGGUAGACCAACUGAUCUUCCUUUAGAUUCAUCUUUAUUGCAAGAAGACAGACUAGCGUUGCUUAUUGAGCGAGAAGUUCAACGACGAGUUUUGGAAGAAGUGGUUGCACGUGAAAAUGCGGCUUUAAGUUCAAGAUCCCAGUAUAGACGUACUUAUCGUUCAAUGAGUGCUUCUAUGGAUCCAUGGAAUCUUGGCCUGAGGGUACUUUCUCCAGCUGAAGUGAGACCGUAUACAUCAAUGAGUGCUGGUUAUGAAAUGGAAGGGGAGGGCGGAAAUCAUCUGUAUCAAAGUACGACAUCAGCAGAUGAUCUACUACUAACUCCAGGACCAUUGCAAUCUCCAUUAACUGAUUAUGAUAUGUCAUGUGGGAUAUGUGUCUGCAUUCCUGGUUAUGAAUUGAGAGGGUCUGGCUCAUCUGCUCACUGGGAGUAUGAGGUGAAGCUUGCUGCAGGGCCGGAUUCCUGGACUGUAUUCAGGCGUUAUAGAAGAUUUAGGGAGCUUCAUAUGUACAUGUGCCAUAAAUAUGGGCAGCCAGUUGAAGAGCUGUAUUUUCCUCCCCGGAGGUUAUUUGGAAACUUCACUGAGCGGGUAGUAGCUGAACGUCGCGGCCAGCUUGAGAUAUAUCUUCAGCAGCUCAUAGUUUUGUGCAGUGAAUUGGAAGAAUCGCCUUUAUGUGGAGCGCCUCCUUGCCGUGCUACUCUAGCCCACUUCUCACCAUUCUUUCAACGAGGCGUCUUUGAAACUUCUAGACACACAACUAGCUAACCUACAAGUUGGCUAUGGCCUGUUUUUGUUUUAGAUGCUUUGGUUAAAUCAACUAUAGUGAGAUUCUUUUAAGGAAAUAUUUAUUUUUUUAGAUAAAUGAUUAUACUGUACUAUCAAAUUGAACUUUAUUGACUGUGAGCUUACUAUAUUUAUCAAUAGUUAUACUGUAAUAGUUAUGCAGACUCAUUUAACUGUUCCAUUGUAAAUUAAAGAAGUCGUUAUAAAAGUAGUAAUAUACGUAGCUCAUCUGUAACACCCAUUAAUAAAUAAUCAAAUUUUAAUAUCAAAA